UGGUUUUCGAGUUCUGACGGGAAGUUCCAGGGGAAGCCCUGCAAGCCACGGCUUUGGAAGAAGAAUAAGGCAAAAGAGAAGCCCAAGAGGAAGAAGCCCUGCUGCCAGCUCCUCAGAAUAUCUCUAUCCUGUCCACCAACAUGAAGCACUUCCUGACCUGGAGUCCAGUGACGGUCCCUGGAGAAACUGUGAGAUACUCCGUUGAGUUUCAGGGGGAGUAUGAAAGAGAUUAUGCCAAUGAGACCUGGAUACCCAUCAGCGAGUGUUCGCUCAUCAUUGUGACUCAGUGCAAUGUCACAGAGGACAUCUCUGCCACCGUGGCCUAUAACCUACGCGUGAGGGCAAACCUAGGUUCCCGGGGUUCAGAGUGGAGCACACUAAAAGUUCUCUUCAAUCGCAUAACAACUUUCCUCACCCCACCCAUGAUGGAAGUCUCUGUGGAUGGGUAUCACUUACUGGUGAAGCUGGAAGACCUGGGGCCAGCCUUUCAAUUCCACAUAUUCUAUUGGAGGAAGGGCCAGGAAAGUUGGGUGCACAAGAAGACUGUGAAGGAGAUCAGCUCGGCGGUGCAUCUGGACACCAUGGAGGCAGGAGCUGAGUACUGUGUGAAAGCCCGGACCUACGUAGAGGCCAUCAACAGGAGCAGCAACUUCAGCCAGAUGCAGUGUGUUCGCGGGCCAGAUGGUGGCAGAUCUAUAUGGAUGACGACUGCCAUGGUGUCCUUCGUGGGAUUUGUUGUAGGUGUCUUGGCCCUGCCUUUCUUUGCCUGGAAAAUGAGUCAAAUCUUCCAGUAUUCCUGCUGUCCAGUUGUCGUCCUACCAGACACCCUGAAAGUAACUGAGUCCCCCAUGAAGCUAAUACACUGCAUGAGUGAGGGGACUGAAUAUUGUGACAUGGCUGUGCACGUGAUUCCCCCCAAAGAGAUCCUCCGACUGUGGAUUCAGGACGCACUUUAAAGCUGUCCAGAGAUAAAUCAACCCUGUUGAAAAACAUCUGUGAACAGAUCUAGCAAAUUGUGCACUGGGAGCCUGCACAGAGCUCCCACAGACUCAGGGUAUGUCUACCCAGAGGGAUCUAUGGGAAGCUUUCUGAUGUACAUCUGGUAACUCGCAGGACACAAGUCGCACCAAUGGUGAGCACAUGGGACUCCAGUUCUCUUUUCAAUUCCCAUUCUUGUGACCUUGGGAGUCCCUUAAGGCCAACUGGCAUAGGGCCCUCAUACUAUAACACACAUCAAGCCUCACACACGCAUUGCCCCAACAUACUGAUGUCACAAUAUAUGCAUCUCAAAGGUAUCAUGUAAGGUAUCAUAUGAAAGCUGGUGACACACUGGUCCCCCCAAAAAUCAUUGAUGUAUGUGUGGGUUGAGUACAGAGAGUUACAGAUGUAUGCUGGAAAUAUGUUCGUAAAAUGUGUUUGGGAGGCAGAUCAUAAAACCAGACGGCCCUAGAUAAAGGAAUGUGUAUUUACUGGUCUGACCAGCUUGGUCAUAGGCAGAGGACAAUGGAAGAACAAAGCCAUCAGGUUAAAUAGGUGGGGGAGAAGACUGUUUAACAAUCACACUGGGGGACAAUCUGCACCCCAGGAAGCCUUCCUGGAUCUUGAGGCUGAGACAAUGGACUUUGAGUAAUAGAAGGGGAACAAAAAGACAUUUUAGUGAUCCAUCACUGAGGAGGCAAAGAGUACAGCACCCUUGGAGUCUGUGAAAGUUGGAUCUCCCUAGGCUGAAAGGCUAGGAAUGCUGGUACCUACAUCAAGUUAAGAAGAAUUAAAAUGUAACUUUUAAAGAUUAUGUUCUAGUCAUUAGAAAGCAUGUUUUAUUUUGUGUGUAACCAGACUUGUCUCUUUCUCUCUUGCGUAGUAUCAC